UGUAAUGUCAAAUCGAGAAUUGAUUCUUUUGACAUUUCGCGCUGACGUAUACCACAUGUUUUGAUUUUUUCGCAAAGACGUAAUAACAAAUUUAUUAAAGUUUUUCUUAACUUUAAUCGAGAAAAAAUAAAAGUUUAAACAUGGGUAAAGGCAAGAAGGCAUUUAUUGAUCGCAAGAAGUCGGUCACCUUCCAUUUGGUGCACAGAAGUCAACACGAUCCACUGGUUGCCGAUGAAAAUGCUCCUCAGCGUGUUCUGCUGGAGGCUACUCCCAAGCAAGAAGUCGAUCCAAAGAAACGCCAAGAAGAACAAAAGAAAUUUGGCAUUCAAUUCGAUGACGACUACGACUACUUGCAGCAUUUAAAGAAACCGGGACAAGAAAUUGUCUGGGAAUACGUCGAGAAUCCAAACCAGGUGAAAAAGAACAAGGAUGCUGAGCCAAAACUACAAUUGCCAAGCUCAGUGUUUGCCAGUGAGUUCGAAGAAGAAGAGGGAAUGCUAAACAAGGCUGCACCUCGUCCAGGACCGCGGCCUGACUUGGACCCAGAUGUCGUAGCUGCAUUGGACGACGAUUUCGACUUCGACAACGAGGCCAAUCAAAUAGAAGAUGAUUUCGUUCUUAAGGCUAUGGGUGGCGAGGAUGAUGACGAUUACGAUGAAGAUGAAGAGGAAUACGAUGAAGACGACGAGGAAGACUUCGAUUCGGAUGAUCUGAUGUCCAGUGAGGGCGACGAAGAGGCGGAGUUGAGAGAUCGUCUGGCGCCUCUGAUGCGAGAACGCCGCUUCGACGACGAAGAAACCAAAUCUCGUUUUACCGAAUAUUCCAUGUCCAGCAGCGUGAUUCGUCGUAACGAACAAUUGACACUGCUGGAUGACAGGUUUGACAAAUUCUACGCCUCUUACGAUGAACCUGAAAUGGGUCCACUGGACAUGGAAGAUAUCGAAGGCACCUGGGGCCAGAAACAUCCCUAUGUGUUGGGUUGCUACAAACUGAUGAAGAAAUCGAAGAUGGUCGAUGACUACAACAAGGAAUGGGACAAGGAGCGUUUGGAAAAGUACAGAAAUGUGGCGGAUGACAACGCCGACGAUGAAAUGGUUGAGCUUGAAGUUGAAGAUCCCAAACAAAAGAAAUGGGACUGCGAGAGUAUCCUGUCAACCUACUCGAACAUCUACAAUCAUCCAAAACUUAUCGAUGAACCUCGGAAGAGCAGAAAAAUUGAGAUCGAUCCCAAAACUGGCCUCCCUGUGAAUACUCUCCGUGGUGGUGAUAAUGACAAAUUGACAGCAAAAGCCUUGGCUAAGUUGGACAAUGGUGAGGCAGCAAGUAGUGGACCUAAGUCACUCUGUGCCAAAUCUGUGCUCUCCACUUUGAGUGUUCUCUCGAUAAGACCCAAAGACGAGACACCCGAAGAGAAGAAAGAACGAAAAAGACUGCUUAAGGAAUACAGAAUGGAAAGACGUAUCGAACGAAAGGCGAAUGCCGAAGCCUUCAAGGAGGAAAAGAAAAGGCAAACUCACAUCAAAAUUAACAACCAAAAUAAUCUCCAAGGAAAGAGGAUACUGUAGGGAGAGUAUUGAUGGAGUUUAUGGAGUCUUUUUUUCAUUCUGCCUUUUUUAAGAGUUUCUAAUUUUCUUUAUUUUAAGUCUUGUAAGUUCUUUUUGUAGUUAUAACAGUUAUAACAUGAAAUAAUAAAAAUACUAAUUACCGAAGUAAUUAGAACAAAUA